CGGCGGGGCGCGGGCGGGGCUGGCCGGGAGGCUGUCGCCUCACUUCCGGGAGCGCCUGGGCGCGGAGGUCGUCGCUUUCUCGCAGCGCUGCCAGCCGGCCGGCCCCGACCCGCGGAGCGGGUGGGCGCGCAGCCAGGCCGAAGCCCCACUGUCCGCGCGGCCCCGGCCUCUCUCGGCGGCCAUGGGGGCGUCUGCGCGGCUAGUGCGCGUAGCUAUCAUGGGGGCGCCGGGCUCCGGCAAGGGCACCGUGUCCUCGCGCAUCACCAAACACUUCGAGCUGAAGCACCUCUCCAGCGGGGACCUGCUCCGAGACAACAUGCUUCGGGGCACAGAAAUUGGUGUGUUAGCCAAGACUUUCAUUGACCAAGGGAAGCUCAUCCCAGACGAUGUCAUGACUCGGUUGGUCCUUCAUGAGCUGAAAAAUCUCACCCAAUAUAGCUGGCUAUUGGAUGGUUUUCCAAGGACACUUCCACAGGCAGAAGCCCUGGAUAGAGCUUAUCAGAUAGACACAGUGAUGAAUCUGAACGUGCCCUUUGAGGUCAUCAAGCAACGCCUCACCGCUCGCUGGAUCCAUCCAGGCAGCGGCCGUGUCUACAACAUCGAAUUCAACCCUCCCAAAACCAUGGGCAUUGAUGAUCUGACUGGGGAGCCUCUCGUUCAGCGUGAGGAUGAUAGACCAGAGACGGUUGUCAAGAGACUGAAGGCUUACGAGGCCCAGACAGAGCCCGUCCUGGAAUACUACCGGAAAAAAGGGGUGUUGGAAACAUUCUCCGGAACAGAAACCAACAAGAUCUGGCCAUAUGUAUAUGCUUUCCUACAAACAAAAGUUCCACAAAUAAACCAGAAAUCAUCAGAUACUCCUUGAGGAAAAGUGCGUGUAACUAGUAAGAUGAGCAGAAGUUCCUUGUCUGUGCAUUUAGAAGUUCAUUGUCCUAAGACUCUGGCAUGUAUAAAUUCUUUGAAAAUUGUGUGUUUUAUUUCUGCUGAUUUUAUUCUGGAAAUUAAGGAUGUGCCAAUGAGUCAGAUGUGAAGAUUCAUCUUUUGAAAUGUCUGUUGUGUUUUAUCCAAUUAUCUUCUAUGGAUGCACAAUUAAAAAACAUCAGAGAUGUCUAACUAAACUUUUGAAAAUUACUGACCAUAAUUAAAAGAGCAGUUGGUAAUAAUCUAAGUUUUGUUCAGAAGAGAAGUGGUUGAUAAAGUUGCCUUAUUUUUCUUGAAAAGUAAAAAAAGAAAAAAAAUCCAUGUCACUUGUGCAAAGUGUCUUAUCAGAGGCUUUUGUGUAGACUGAUGCUAAAAAAGAGAUCUCUAGCACUGUGGUACACAGUUUUGUGGGACACUGUGUCUACAGAAUUCCAGAAAAAAAGCAAUGGGAUUUACAGAUUAGUUGCAGAAUGCAAAUUCACUGCUGCCUUUUAUUGACCUAAAACAAAUGGACUGCCAGAUAUUUCUCCAGCAACAUGGGUUUAUUCGAGAUCAGCAGAUAAUUGCAAUUUGGGGUCUGCAACCAUGGUGAGCCAUGUGCAAGUCCUCCUCACAGCAAGGGAAGGAGAACACUUUUAUAGAGGGAAAAGGAAGUUGGGAGGGCUAUAGUAAACAAAGAGUCCGUGGCUUUUCAUUGGCUGAGUCCUUGCCAGGAAACGAGAGUCUGUCUUCUUCUGUUGGGCUCUACUAUCUUCACAAGUCAUGAGAGCUCGCCCUUCUGGUCUCCUGACUCUAAUUGAGGUGUCUAUUUACACUAGCAAACUUACAGUAGCCAUAUAUGCUAUAUUUUGUUGUUAAACAUGCUUUCAGUUUACUACAGAUUUUCAAUUUGCUAUAAAAAUGUAUCAAUUAGCAUAUAGGAAAAUAUAUUUUUCUAUGACUUAUUUUCUUUUGAAAAUAGUUGUGUACUGAGGGAUAUGAUUUGUUAGAAAUUGACAUCAUAAGUUCUUGCAAAAGCACCAAAGUUGAAUUUUCAAUAGAAUAUGUAAUUAAACUCUUAUGUUUUCAGGUGUUACUCAGGUUAAGAAAUGUGCUUUAGGAUCUACUUGCCAGUUUCUCUUUUUGAUCCAAAUGUAUGAUCUGCCUUGAUGAGUAACAAAUUAAAGAGAAAGAAAGAAAGAGAAAGCGAGAGAGACAGAAAGAAAGAAAAAAGCAUAAGAGAAAACCCAUGGCACUACGUAAAAUAAGCAUACUUUUUCACUAGGAAAUCGAUCAUGUUUGCCUGGGGAAAAUUCCCUUGACAUAAAUAACAAUCAUAAUUAGUAAAGGUGUAGCAAUUUAAAGGAUUUACAUGACAUGUUAAAAAAAACAGGAAACUGAUUGAUUUUGCUUGGAAGAGUUCUUUAUUCCUAAUCAAAGAAGUUGACACCUGCUAGUGUUAACUGCUAUCCUACCUUAAUGGUGAAGAAUUCUGCCGGUGAAUGUAAUCUGAGCAGCCAUUUUAAAAUGAAAAAGAUUUGAUUCCUUAGUGGGGCAACGGGAUGCGUGCUUAUACAGUGGCCUGGUAGGAAGAGCAGGGCAAUGAGAGGUGAAGGAGAAAUCCGACAAUAUCUUCAGUUUCUUACUUGGUGCUAGAUGAAAUGAAACAAGUCAUCGUAUAAGCAAUUAUUAACUGCCUUUGAAAAUUUGGCCCAUUUUAUUCUAGGCACUGAAAAUACAAAUGCCAGCAAGCGAUUCUUACAUAUCUUGUGGGGAAAAAAACUUACUUUUCUUAGAUUUUUAAAAAUUCAAUAUUGAUCUUUCAAAAAUGUACCAAGGCUUUAAAAAAGUAUUAUGGUAAACAUUUCAUCCUUCACAAAACUUCCUUUAAUGCCUUAUUUGAAUGUUAAUAUUAUGUGCAUUCUAAAAAUGUUGGGAACUACUAAACUUAUGAAUUAUCAAACAUACAUUAAUAUCAGUGAAUUAGAAUUAAAUGAAAAUUUAGAACUGUGGAUAUUACUUUGUCUUUGGUAAUUCACAGGGCCCACUCUAUCUCACCUUCCCUUCUGCUGCCCUGAUGUCUCAUUUGCUUCUGAAUUAGUGUCUGCUUUCUAAAUAAUCAUUGUCUUAAAACAAUACUGUUUUAGGUACAUAGGCUGGUUUCAUUUUACACCUUAUCUCCUGCCAUAGUACUGCAGCCAUACUGGCCUUCUUGACACCUUCAGGAGAUUUGGAAAUCAAAAAGAGGGAUAGAAGAACAUAGCUAUGAAAAUUAAGACCCUUCUUCCUGUGAUCAUUCCCUCCCCACUCCCAAAACAACCUAAAGUUUUGCACAUACAUCCAUUACUUUGGGAAACGCCUGCACUAUUACAAAAAGAAUUUUUCUGCUGUAACUAUCAUUGUGAUUUAUGUGUCACAUGAAAAUAUGUCUGGAGUUGAAUGCCAUGGCCAGAAGCUACUAUGCCUUAGUUAAAAGCUAGUAAGACUUCAACCCAUUACCUUAUUUUCUAGAGUACCACAAGUUAUUUUGGUGCACCUUUCAUAAGCAGAAUGUGCUGUGGGAAAUGCAAAGUGGCAGUUAGUACCAUCCAGAAAUCUUAUUUAAUUCCAUUUGAAAUAGUUCAGAUUUCUAAACCCUACCCCACAGCUGCUUCCCCUCCAGCUAUUUACAAUGGUAUUUGAGCAAAUUAUUUUGGACAUUCAUACUUUGUGACAAAAGUUACCUAUGUUAACAACAAAUCAUGGUAAUUACAGACCUCAGAUUAUAUUAAAUUGCUGUAAUACUGUAACCAAUAGCAAUAAAUUUGUAUUUUAAAACAUGUUU